AUGCAAACAACAGAUGGUAGUAAUGAGAACAUUCCAACAUCCCCUGGUCAUCAAUUGUCACCAAUAUUACAAAUUCCAAAACAUGAACCUCUUUCACCACAAAAUUUUACACAAGGAGAACUUUCAUCGCAAUCACCAUCAUCCUCAUCUCAAUUACAAAAUUCAAUUCAUAGAAUUCCCUCCUCAUCCUUAUCACAAGAUUCGACGAAUGCAUCUCAUUCAGCUAUACCACCAGCAGCAGCAACAACAAUAACAACAAUUAUGUCUAACUCAAUAUCAUCACCUCCAAAAAAUCUCAUUUGUGGACCCCCCUUGCCAGCGCAAUUGUCAUCGUCAUCGACACGAAUUCCGUGGCCAUUAAUGCCACCACCACAUCAACCACCUCCAUGUCACCAAUCCCCUAUGAUGCCAUAUUACCCCCCAAUGGGGGUUCCACCACCAUUUCCUCCACACUUUCCUAUGCCCUAUCCUCAUGACCAAUUUCAUUCAUUUCAUCAUCCAAUGCUCCUUGGAAAUAAUAAUAAUCUCUCAAAUGGACAAAUUUAUAGUCAGCCUUGGUCCACAGGCCUUUUUGAUUGUUUUUCAGACAUCAAGAAUUGUUUUAUUACAUGUUUAUGUCCCUGCGUUACUUUUGGUCAAGUGGAUGAAAUUUUAUCUCAAGGGAAAAUGACUUGGUGGGAAGCUGCAUUAAUGUUUGGACUUUUGGAAACAUUAUGCUGUCAAGCCUCAUUGGUUUUUGCAUGGUAUCAUCGUGUGCAAUUCAGAAAAAAAUAUAAUUUGAUGGGAAAUCUAUUCAGUGAGUUUGCAAUUACUCUUUUUUGUAUGAGAUUGGUCCUUUGUCAGAAUUAUCGUCAGCUUAACAAACUUGGCUUUGAUGUAGCACUAGGAUGGAAAGCCAAUAAGAAGAAACAAAGAAGAAUAGCAAGCCAAAAUGCUGUACAAUUUGUGCCACCAUUGGCUAAUCCUGGAAUGUUUGGAUGAAUAGAAAAUUGUUGGCAUGAGAUUGUUGCAAACUAGUCAAAAGUGAUUGGAGAAAAUUAUAGAUUUUUAUCAUUGGAUGCAUUUCAAUUGUUGAAUUCUUCACAUUGAAGAAUCUAUAAUAUGUUAUGUACCCAAAUUUUGGAAAUUAAACUGGAUAU